GAACGUCUGCAACAGGUCCUGGAAGCGGACAUGAGACUGCGCGCGGCGCAGCCGAUGGCUGUAGAGGAGGCGACAGUUGUAUGUUGCAUAUUGAGCGCCGAUCCUGCCCGGUCCUUGGAGGGAGAAAACUUGCCGGAUGCAUUGCCACUCGUGUUGCGACCAUCUUUUCAGAACGAUCUCAUGCGUUGGGACAAACUUCUCUCCUGCCCAGACACCAAGGUCUACAUCUUCAAGAUGACCCAAGCCGACCUGGAGGCCAACAUCUUCGCUCCUCCUCAGAAGGCGCCACCGACGCAGGAUCAUCAGGUGGACAUCCUCUCCAGGCUGGUGCUCAAACACGAGGAGGCCCUGGCCGAGAUCCGGAAGGAUACGGGCUACAUCAUGUUUUUCCGUCAGGACGACAAGUCGAUCCUCCCCAACCUGAUGGAGGUGGCGAAACAGUGGCGAGCCAAGGUCUCCCACCCGACAGAGGACUCGGGGAUUGCUUCCCCGCUUCGCACAGUGCUGAUCAACUGCCUGUUGAAGGAACUCCUCCACAGGACCCAACGCGUGGUGUCUACGGAAACGGGCCGAGAGGACCUCAAGAAAAUCGGCUGGUUGGAUCAGAACGAUUACUGGGUUUAUCUCAAGUGGAGCUCCCAGCAGCGACGCUUGAUAGUGGACUCCACGCGGGCCCCCUUGACCCACGACGAGAUGAUCAGAAUCAUUACGGACUUGCAGGCGUGUAUGACAGGCGAGAUCAUUCACCACUUCAAAUCCAAAGCACCGAUGUGGCGGAUCGAAGAAGAAGGUCAUGCACAGGCGACCUUCGACCUGGGCAUCUCAUUGAGAAGCUCCACGGCCGACGAUGUGCAUCACAACUUCGGCAAGAUCAUGGGGAACUCAGUCACCAGUCUGAUUGGAAUGUCCAUGAAAAAGGACAACCGACCGCGCCAACCGCAAGCCGUGCAGCUGGCCCAGCUUGUCUACUCAGGACCUGACAUACAAUCCUUAAUCCAACGCUGGCACCAGCAAUCCUCUGUGUAUGCCAUGCAUGCCUACAUCAUUCCGAAAGAGCUGCUCCUUCCUUGCUUGCUUUGGGGGCACCGGGACUUUGGAUGUGCGGUGGGUCACUACCGAACUCUAGUGAGCGCGGGGUCAGACUACUGGAUCCUCGAUGAUGCCAGAGCCGCCGAAAGAGCAGAUGAAGAUCAGCUCGAGAUCAUGGCCACUCCAGCGACGUCCCAGCUGCAACUGAAGCAAAGCGUCUUGCGAGUGGAACACGACCUUCAUCUUUUGCGUCUACAGUUCCACACCAGAGAUGCCCAGCUGGAAAUGCUCCAGCAGAGCAUGGACAUGCAGAUGAAGCUGUUAACUGACAUCCAACUCCAGCUUCAGCAUCUCACCAACUACGCCCAGAUGCAGCCAACGAUUACAGCGCUCAAGACAACUCCUCAAGCUGUACAGCUGGAGAUGCUGGACGACUGA